AUGGCUUCACUAAGGCUACCAGAUUCAGGCGAUUUCGAUCUCGAUCGUAGACGUACUAAUGGUCAAUCGUCUGCUACUGAAAUCCCCAUUAGUUCCAGUGAAUUGACUGUCUUAGAAGAUUUCAGAAGCGUUAUUGCUGCUAGAGCAGAAAUAUUUGCUGAAUACAUCAAUGGCUCUAUGCAAGAUUUAUUUGUAUUAGCACAUACUCGGCGACCAUCAUCAUUUGGCGAAGAAAUUAUAAGUAAUAAUGAAGAUUACCUCACGAUUAAUGGAAUCUUUAAUGAGACGAAUAAUGUAACGAACAAUUUAUCAGUAGAACAAGUGCGAGAAAGAUGGUACAGGCAUAGUGUAGCUAUGUCUAUUGUAUAUUUUGUGGCUUAUUGUUUAGUUUUUGUUGUUGGUUUGAUCGGAAACAGUUUUGUUAUUGCUGUUGUUUAUCGCUCUCCAAGGAUGCGUACAGUGACAAAUUUCUUCAUUGUCAAUCUUGCGGUAGCUGAUGUACUAGUGAUUGUCUUUUGUUUACCUGCCACUUUAAUGAGCAAUAUUUUUGUCCGUAAGUAA